AUGGUUGCCUAUGCGCCUACGAGACAGUACCAUGUUCUUAUUCAUCUUGCACGAGUGUACGAGACCCGGUCUGUCUAUGCCGAUGACCCGACAGAUCUCGAUACUGCCAUCACUCAUGGAAGGCGCGCUCUGGAACUCUGUAACGCAGAGCAUGCCGACUGCCCUACCGUAUCUGUAUUCUACGCGGGCAUGUUGGAUGCUCACGCCGGCAGGUCGUCGGAUAUUGAGGCGAGACGUGCCGCGGAGAACAUGUGCCGCCAUGCCAUCUCGCUCUGUGCUCCCGGCCAUCCUUUGAGAGCGACAGCUUGUUGCACUCUCUCGUGGAUCGUCCAUCAGUACCUAGGGAUGACAUCUAUCGUCGAAGCAAUAAAGCUGCAGCGACAGGCUCUGGCAGAGAUAGUGCCUUCCCAAGCCCACGAUAAGCACCGACACCUUCGAUACCUGGGCACGUACUUGCUUCGUUCGUACGAAUUCUCCGGAAAUCGAGGCGACCUCGAUGAAUCUGUUGGCGUUCUCAAGGAGGCUCUACGUCUGUGCCCAGCCAAUCACGUCGAGCGAUACAAAGCUACAGAUCGCCCGCAUGGCCAGCCGCGCUUAAACCUCUUGACGACCAUGGGCAAUCUACUCACAUUUCGCCAUCAACUUACCCUAUCGGAAAAAGACAUCAAGGAAUCGGUGGAGUUUCAGCGCACGUCUCUGCAACGCUCCCCUCCCCACGCCGAAGUUUACUGGAUUUACCUAGAUAACCUAUCCAUAGCACUGCGCCUCCAGUUCGCCUGCACUGGCGAGCUCAGCGAUCUCGAGGAGUCACUUCAGCUCUGUCGACAAGCCGUGGAUGCUUUAUCUGAAGACAAUACCCGAUGGUUCUCUCCUGCUCGCAAUCUUGCAGCAACAUUAAUUCUACGUUUUCACGAAGCGGGCGAUCUAUCCGACCUCAAUGAAGCACUCUACUGGGAUCGGCGUGCUCUAGCAGCUAUUUCUCCCUCCCACACGGAACGGGGCGACGUUACGAUGAAAGUCAUAUCUCAUCUUUGCACGCGUUACGAGGUGCUUGGUAACCUAGAGGACCUCGAGGAGGCCAUAUCAUUGGCGGAAGCACUAGUUGGCAUCAUCCCUUCCGAUCAUUCUUUCGAUCGGGCUGAAGCGAAAUUUUACCUAUCCAAGGCUCUCAUCCUACGUGGGAAGGACCGACACGAUGUUUCCGACCUCAAUCGAGCUAUCCAAUAUCUUUCACUUGUCAUAGCCGAAUAUCGACAUACUCACCACGUCGAAGAUGCUUCAUAUGCAUCGGAUAUCAUCAUAGACCUUCUACAUACAGUCAACCCCGGCCGUCGCGAGCGAUACCACUGCCUCAUAGCUGCUGCGAAGCUAUCGCUGCAUCACGACACCCCCUACCGCGACCCGGUGCUCGCGCUCAACUAUCUGACAGAGGCCUUGGCAGACGAUCAUCGAGAUGUGCGAUCACGAAUUCGAGAUGGGACGGACAUACUCCGAAUCAUUCAACAGUGUCAUAGGGAUAUGUUUGCCGAAGAACAGCCCAUAUCGUUGCUGCUCCUGGACAUUUAUGCGCAGGUUAUCAGCCUCCUACCUCGUGUGGCACUCUUGGGUCCUCAUUUGCGAACGCGGCUUGAUUCCCUGAUCAUCGGUCAGGAUAUAGCUCGUGAAGGCGCGUCUCACGCACUUGCUAUUUCGCUACCGCAGAGGGCCGUGGAGAUAUUGGAACAAGGCCGUGCCGUCUUCUGGGCACAUAUCUUAUGCCUUCGUUCUCCUUUCGAAGCGGUGCCGGACGACCUUCGUGCGGGGCUAACGUUUCUCGCUCGACAGUUAGAUAGGAUACUUGACUCGCCGAACGACGCUGAUGAAUCCAAGGCGACAGAACUCGAGGCUGCCCGGAGAAGACAGCAAAGCGAGGAAUUCAACUCCUUGCUCGAGAAGGUCCGGCGCCUUCCUGGGUUAGAGCGUUUCCUGCUUCCUGACCAGUUUACCAUGCUGGCAAGGUCCGCAGAGAGAGGGCCAGUGGUGAUGCUUGUUUCCAGCGCACUGGCAUGUCAUGCCAUUAUCAUCAAGCCGUCCGGAGACAUUCUGAGCCUCGCUUUGAAGCGGAUUACGGAGGAUUGGCUUGUCGAAGCAGAGACAGCAUGGCAUUCUGGCGUCAUGGAAGCGAGGUCGGCCCUGAGGGAGCGUCUAAGUUUAGUGAAAGCUGGAAAUCGUGCGUCGUCAAGACGCACGCGGAUUGCCAAUGUGUUACAUCGACUGUGGCAGGAUGUAGUGCAACCUGUCCUGCUGGCUUUGAACAUAGAGUCCGCAACAGGAAAAACGCGCCCCCGCCUGUGGUGGUGUCCGACUGGUCGCUUCUCUCAUCUUCCUGUUCAUGCUGCCGGCACAGAGGAGUGUUGGUGCUCCGAUUAUGUCGUAUCCUCGUAUAUUCCGACUCUUGGAUCCCUCCUUGCGGCAAGAAGAGCAUACAAACCAAUCAAGAAAAAUGAUGUUCAAGCUCUUGUCACGGCAGUUCCGUCGACACUCCUUUCAGAAUGGAGUGAUCUCCAUUGGACAGUCGAAGAAGUCGGCGCUGUACGUCAGGCCUUGUCAGCGCGAGCAACGAUAGGUCUUCGACAAGGAGGCGGCAAACCUGAUCUGCUGCUGAACAGUGAUGGGCUGACGACUGGGAGGCUCCUCGAGGAAUUGCCGCAGGCGAACAUUCUCCACCUCGCGUGCCACGGCUACCAGAACCCGGAGAACCCGCUCAAAAGCGGUUUCGUGAUGCGAGAUUCCAUGCUGACCAUCGAGGAGUUGAUGCCCGUGCCGCUUCCGAACGCAUUCAUGGCUUUCCUGAGUGCCUGCGAGACCGCGAAAGGAGACGGAAGACAACCGGACCAGACGGUCCACCUUGCUGCAACCAUGUUGUUCGCCGGCUUCAAAAGUGUCAUUGCCACUCUGUGGUCCAUGGAAGAUAUCGACGGGCCCACGAUAGCAAAAUCGGUGUAUUCGGACAUAUUCAGCAAUGACGGAGAGCACCUCGACCCCGAUGAAGUUGCAUAUGCGCUGGACGAAGCUAUUCAGAAGUUGAGGAAAGAUCAUCCGGACCCGAGUAGAUGGGCGCCAUACGUACAUCUCGGAAUGUAA